GGAAAUAGAAAAUAAAACUCAAGAUGGCAUCUGGGGGAGAUGGAGAUCAAGGUUGUGGAAAUAUCACAGAUCAGAUCCUGGACCUGGGAAUUAGGCUGUUAAAAGAUUUUAUCUACAACUGGAUUCAGCGACAUGUGAAUUCCAUCACACUGACCAGAGAAGACCUGGGUGCAGAGGAGCUGCACGAACCAAAACACAAGAAGGUCGCUCAUGGCAUGCAGAUAAUUGCAGAUGAGCUGGACAACGAUGCAGGACUUCAAACAACUAUAAAUGACUCUUCAAUCAAGCCUUCAGUGGAAGUGUUUGAAAGAAUUGCCCGUUUGAUCUUUGAAGAUGGAAAAUUCAACUGGGGCAGAGUGGUUACGUUUUUUUACUUUGUCUGCAAACUUGUCAUCCAAGCUUAUAAACCCCGAAUUCUUGAAAUCAUCAGAACCAUAAUCAACUGGGCCAUCGACUUCCUCCGAGAACAUUUGAUCAACUGGAUUAAAGAGCAAGGUGGCUGGGAGGGUAUUCUUUCCUACUUUGGCACCCCGACGUGGCAGACAGUGUGCGUUUUCCUAGCUGGGAUUUUCACCGCUUUCGUAAUCAUACGUAAGAAGUGAUGUGAAGAACAGGCAGGAGAAAGAUGGGAAAUGCCACUACUGAUGGAGGGGGAGCAACAAAAGAAGAGGCUGAGAGUCUCAAUAGGAAGAGGGUGAAUAAGAUGAGCUCAAGUUGGAUAACUGCUUUUUUUGUGUCCCACUUAAGUGUGAGACUGGAAAUUUUGGGGAUUUUUUUUAUUUUUUACCCACGACACAAACUGGUUUUUUUUUUAAAAAAGAAACCCAGUUAAUUAAUGCACUUAUCCCCAUGAAUAUACUGCUUGAGUUUACAGUAUUUAAGAGUGACACUUAGAGUGCCACAUUAAAGGAGACAUAUCCUGCC